GUUAAGCCUGAACCGCUUCCUUCUUUAAAGCCACGCCUGCUGUCUUUUUCACACUGUAACACCCACAGGAACAUGAAGCUCUUUUCUGAGGAAACGAAAAACUCUCUCACGCUCUCUCUCAGUGUGUGAGUUUACAAAAAUGGCAGAAGCUAAUAUUUUAAUACCUAAGGAUCUGUUCAGCUGUCCAGUGUGUUUGGAUCUCCUGAAAGAUCCAGUGACAAUUGCCUGUGGCCGCAGUUUCUGUCAGGUGUGUAUUAAUGGCUUCUGGGACCAGGAGGAUGUGAAGGGAGUCUACAGCUGCCCCCAGUGUAGAAAGACUUUCACUCUAAGGCCUGUCCUACGCAGGAACAACAAGCUUACUAAAGUGGUGGAGGAACUGAAGGAGACUGAACUCCAAGCUGCUUCACCUGCUCACUGUUACGCUGGACCUGGAGAUGUGGAGUGUGAUUCCUGCAUUAGGAGAAAACGCAAAGCAGUCAGGUUCUGUCUGGUGUGUCUGGCCUCCUACUGUGAAGCUCAUCUUCAACCUCACUAUCAGUCUCCUGCCUUUAAGCAGCACAAGUUAGUUGAAGCCUGUGCAGAGCUCCAAGAGAAGAUCUGCUCUCAACACAAAAAACCGAUCGAGAUCUACUGUCGUACUGACCAAAGCUUCAUCUGUUAUCUGUGUGUGAUGGAUAAACACAAAGGCCACGAUACAACUAAUGCAGAAAAAGCUGAAAAACAGAAUGAGCUAAAAGAGGAGCAGAUGAAAUCCCAGCAGAGGAUCCAGGAGAAGCAGAAGAAGGUCCAGGAGCUGAAACAGACUGUGGACACUAUUAAGAGUUUCCCGUCUCUCUUUGUUCCUCCUGGAUGUGAGGACUCACCCAGCAUCACUGUCAAUCAACAUCUCUCAUUUGAUGGAGUGAGGCAAGCUCUCUCAGAUCUGAAAAAACGAGUUGAGGAAAACUCAACUGUUCAGAUGAUUUUACCCUCAGAACCAAAGAGCAGAGAAGAUUUUGUGCAGUAUUUCUGUUAUCUGACUCUGGAUCCCAACACAGUACAUCGUCGACUCAUUCUGUCUGAGGAGAACAGAGUGGUGACACACAGCAGGACAGAACAGCGAUACUCUUAUCAUCCAGAGAGAUUUCAGUCUUACACCCAGGUGUUGUGCAAGGAGAGUGUGAGUGGACGUUGUUACUGGGAAGUGGAGUGGAGCAGUGGUGUGUCCAUAUCAGUCUCUUAUAAAGAGAUCAGCAGGAAAGGAGAAGCUAAUAAGUGUUUGUUUGGAUACAACAGUCAGUCCUGGAGUCUGCGCUGUUCUUCUUCCUCUGUCUGUUUCUGGCACAACGACAUUAAGACUGACCUUGGAAUUCCAUCAUCCUCCAGAAUAGGAGUGUAUGUGGAUCACAGUGCAGGAACUCUGUCCUUCUACAGCUUCUCUGACACGAUGAGGCUCCUCCACAGAGUCCACGCCACAUUCACUCAGCCUCUAUACGCUGGAUUCAGACUAUGGUAUAACUCAUCUGUGAGGUUAUGUGAUCCAAAAUGAAAUGUUAGUAAAAGUGUUUAGAAAAAUUAAA